AUGUUUCAAUCAUUUUAAAAAUUUUAUGAUUAUGAAAAUUAAUGGAACGAAUAAGAAAAAUAUCAUAAGGAAUCAACAUAAUUAAUAGUUCAAGAUAUAUUUGAUGAAUUUUAAGGUUUUAUCAAAAUAGAAGAUUAUAAAGGUCUGGAUCAAGAAUCAAAUUCUAAGAGUAAUUGGUUAUGUCAGAGAACAAAUCAUAAUAAAAUUAUUAAAUCAAUUAACAUAAAAAAAUAGAAGAACUAGAUUACGUUUAUGUAUAACUAUAAAACAAAGGAAAUAAGUUUUUCUAACAAUUUUUUUCUGUGUUAUCUCCAUAAAUUAAUUGAAAAAAAAACCUUAGGCGAAUUUGUAUUCUUUAUUCAUGAUUGGUGUUGGAUUUUUUAUUUUAAUAUUUUUAUUGAAAAAAAUUGCAGAUUAGAGAGUCUUAAGAAUUUUAUAGAAAAAAAAGAAAAAUAAUUGAAUGAGUUGAUAUUUUUAAUUGAAAAAAUUAUGUGUAAUGCGCGAGUGUAGUCAAAUAUUUCAUUUAAUUUAUGCGAAUCAAAUAUAAAAAGCAAAAAUCACAUUUAACUAAUCAAACAAAUUUUUUUAUUAGAUGAAAAUUAACAAACAAAUACAGUUGAAUUGUAAAUGAUGUGUGAUAACAAUUUAUAUAGAAAAGUAUAUAAGAAUUAGUUCUAAACAGAUAGAGCUACAAUCUAACUGAUAUAAAAUGGUGACUUAAAAAAAUUAGAAAUGUAAAUUAAUUCUUAUAUUUCUUCUUUUGACUGUAAGAUUUAGGAGAUUUAUAAUAAUUUAUUUCUAGAAUUUCUGAUUGACUUUUAGAAAAAUAAAAAUUAUUAAUUUUAAGAAUAGUAAAAGUUUUCUGAAUAUCUAGAUAAUUUCUAACAUAAUUAUGACACAUUUUAGGUAAGGCUACAACUUUUGAUUUAAAUAAUGUGUUCAUUUUUAUUAUCAAUAAAAAUGAAUCUUAUUAAUCUUAUGGAGGAAAAAGAAGUAGUUUUAAUUAAUUCUAAUAAAUAGAUAUAACUUGAUAUGUUAGAAUAUUUAAAGAAAUCACAAAGCAAUUUUUAAAAAACAGAGUAAAAAUCAAGAAAUAUUUUAAAUUAUUUUGAAUUAUUGUUACCAAAAAGAGUAUUUAUAAUUUUAUACGUUAAAGGAAAAAACAAUUCUAAUAAAUGGUUAUAAUCUAUCGGCUGAAUUAUAAAAUUUAAAAGAUCUUAUUAGAAAGAAUGAAAUAAAUUUGAAUAAUUCAAUUCUCAGGCUUUUAAAGGUUUAACUUCUUGUAAUAAGACAUGAGAAUGAAGGAAAGGAGUUCAUGAAAUAAUCAAUGAUUUGA